GUGCAACGGUGACAUUGAAAGUGACAGUGAAGUGAAAAAGAAAAACAAAAAUAAACUUUAAAACUGAAUCCAAUUUCCGCAUUAAAAAUGUUUUCAUCUAGGCAAUUUGUCAUAUUAUCCGUGUUAUGUAUUUCGCUUCAAAUGGUUCGCGCGGGCACUGUUGUCAGCUAUGAGGAGCCGCAGGUGAAUGAAGUCGAACCUGAACCCAGCAAACCCUUUAAAUGGCUGAAGGGUAUGCAGGACAUGGUCUCCAGUCCAACGGGUAAUGUUGUUGUCCAGGUGGCCAAGGAAUUGCUAAAUCGCUCCACUGGAAAUAGUCAAGUCUUAAGUUUGAAUUUGACCAAUUUGAUUAUAAUUCUGCUGCUGAAGGUGUUGAUAUUCUCAGCUGGCCUAUUGGGUGCUGGCCAUUGGAGUAAUUAUGGUUAUGCCCGAUCAAAUGAUAAUGAUUACUUUUUGGGUGUCACAAAAGGGGAGGAUUACCUAAUAACUGGCUUCUUGGCAGCCCAAAAUGGUUUCGAUGAAUGUUUAUUUGCUGCCGCCUGUGAAUCGCCACAAAUCGCCUACGAAUAUGCCAAAGCCGCAAAGGCUCUGAUCGAGGGCAUAGAGAAGUUUCAAGGAGAACCCUUUCAAAAUAUCCGUUAUAUGGAACUAGCCGUCUUGGUAGAAGAGGCUGCAUACAGGGGUCUACGCGGCCUUCCCUGCAAUGCAACGCAAAAAUGUGAAAAAAUAUUUUAAAUUAUAAUUUCCCUCUAUUAAAAAACAUUAUUGUUAAUUGUUUAUUUUAUCUUUACUUCCUAGUUUUUUUUUAUUAUUUUAAAUUGA